CUAGCCUAACUAAAUAUAUAGCACGUCCAACAACUGUUGUUUAAGGUGUCUUCUGGGCAACUCAUCGCCAUAUCCGUCGAUCCAUCGAGACAUGUUUCUGGCAUGGGUCCUUUUCAUAAUGUUGGCGGCGUCAACGGACCUUGUACGAGGCCUAGGUGUCAACUGGGGGCAAAUGUCGUCACACCCUUUGCCUCCCACGGACGUUGUUAAGAUGCUCAAGGUCAAUGGCAUCAAGAAGGUGAAGCUUUUCGACGCCGAUCCUACGACCAUGAAAGCCUUGGCCGGGUCUGGUAUGGAUGUCAUGGUUGGAAUUCCCAAUGAAAAAUUGGACAAACUUUCUCAUGAUUACGAACUUGCCCAAAAAUGGGUGAAAGAAAAUGUCACUGAAUAUCUUAACGAAGGGGGCGUUAGUAUCAGCUAUGUCGCUGUUGGGAACGAGCCAUUCUUAUCAAGUUACAAUGGCAGUUAUGUUAAGACUCUUUUCCCAUCAGUGAAAAACAUUCAAAGAGCCCUAGAUGAGGCUGGCGUCGGACGAAAAAUCAAAUGCGUAGUGCCCUUCAAUGCCGAUGUUUACGAAUCCCCUUCGAACAAACCGUCAGACGGGCGUUUCCGAAAAGACAUUAUGAAACAUAUCAUGGAGAUACUACACUUCCUUCGUGCCAGGAAGGCCCCAUUUGUUGUGAACAUCUACCCCUUCCUUAGUCUCUACCAAAGCUCUGGUUUUCCCCAAGAAUUCGCUUUCUUCGACAAUGGUAGCCCGAUUAGAGAUAAGGGUGCUCAAUACAGCAAUGUGUUUGAUGCAAAUUAUGACACACUUCUUUGGGCACUUAAAAAGGUAGGUGUUGCUGACUUGGACAUUGUAAUUGGGGAAGUAGGAUGGCCUACCGAUGGCAACGGUUAUUGUAAUAACAGAUUGGCUAAGAAGUUUUAUGACGGUCUCCUAAAGAAACUAGCAAGCGAAGAGGGAACCCCUCUGAGGAAAGGCUACUUGGAAGUGUACCUAUUCGGGCUUUUCGACGAGGAUCAGAAAAGCAUUGCUCCAGGGGACUUUGAGCGGCACUGGGGCAUUUUUCGAUACGAUGGCAAGCCUAAGUUCCCCAUGGACCUUGCCGGCCAAAUGUCGGGACACCAGAUGCUAAAAGGUGUUGAGGGAGUGAAGUACUUGGAAAGGCAAUGGUGUGUGUUGAAUAGUGAUGUGAGGAACUUGAGCAGAGCUCAAGUGGAACUCAACUAUGCUUGCUCACUGGCGGAUUGCACAAGCUUGGGGAAGCAGAGGUCUUGUGACUUGGAACUGCAUGAUAGAAUCUCUUAUGCCUUCAAUGAGUUCUACCAAAAUAAAGACCAAGAUAUAAGGUCAUGUAAUUUUAAUGGGAUGGGGACUAAGGUGACACAAGAUCCCUCAAUAGGAGAUUGCAUAUUCCGGGUGCAGGUUGCUUUAAGUGCCGGAGAGAGGCGGCACGCCUUGAGUAAUGCCUUGAGUGUCUUUGCACCACUAUUUUUCGUCAUGAGCUUCUUCACACUGUUGUAAGAUAGUGUGUAUAGCUUAUGGAAUUCAUUCUUGUGGGGCUUUUUUUCUUCUUUAUUUUGAGGACCUAUAUGUACUUUUAAUAAUUUAUGUUAGUCUCUCA